GUUUUGUAAUUCUGUUUAGUUUCCAUUCCAAACACUUAAACAGUACUUACACAUGUUAAAAUUCUAAAAGUUUGGGGGGGAAAAUACCAAUAGCAAAUGGAAGUGAGCAAAGAAAGAAAUAAUGAAAAGGAACAUGAUUUCUCAAUGAGCAAAUGAGAAAGAAUGUGAUCUAGACUGCAAAACCAAGGAAUGCUUCCUUGAGGAAGUGACACUUGAACUGGUAUAGAAUGUAAGUGGGCUUGAGGUGAUGGUGGUGAGCAUUUUAGGUGAGAGGAAAGAACUUGUAAGGGCUCUGGUGCCAGAGGUAGAGGUUGAAGCAGUUCUAGAAAGUAAGGGAUAAAAUCCACCCUGAUCAUGCCUAUAGAACCGGCAGAGCUUUGGAAAGGAUCCUAUGGGAAACUAGAAUAAGAUUAAAAAAUGUAAGUACGUGUUUGGGAUACUAGAAAAGCCCUGUAAACAUGAGUAAAAUCGAGCCUUAACUAACUGGAAUCUUACAAUAAAAGCAUUUAAAUGAAGAUGAUAUAAAUUGAGCUUGUGUUAAAUUUUAUGUCAUCUAGAAAUUUUUAUUUUGCAUUACAUAGGUGGAGGAAUGGGUUACCUAAACCGAGUUUCAGUGCUUAGGAUUUUUUUUGUGUGUCUUCAUUUUGACAAUAAUAAGUCGGCUCCAAAAUGUGAUUUGUUUUAGGUGCCUCCGGUAGUUAGUUACAGAUCUAGGCCUAAAAUUCAUGACUCCUGACGUAGCACCCUCUCCCUUUUAAGAAUGAAGUUACAAGAUAUGUACACAUAUAAUACCUUAAUAAAAAAAAAGAAUGAAGUUACUUCUAGAAAAAUAAACCCAAGGUAAUUAUGCCGGGGCUCUAGAUAAGGCCUGGCGAGAAGCUGUGUGAGAACUAUCAAUGCCUGGGGACAAAAAGUUGGGAACGCGCACCGUGACGUUACCAUGGUUACUACACAGCCUAAGCUGAGAGCCACACCACCGAUCCUGUCAGAAAAGUCCCGCCCCACGACCUAAAGGCCAAUGGCGUGCACCGUCACGCUGGUCUCCGCAGGAAGAACAGCCCCUGAGCCAAUGGAGCGCGUCGUUCCUAUCGUUCCCGCCGGAAGAACGCCUUGGCGUCUCUGAGGCUGGCGCGGUUGCUAUGACGCCCGGGACUCUGUAGGCACCUGCCCCUCGUUGCGGAGCGUCUGUGGAGCGAAGCGACCCGGGACCCUCCACGCGCGCUCAGAAGACAGCUUCCGGCCUGCUUUCUGAGGUCCCCGCCGCAGCCCCGAGGAGGGAAGCACCUGUUCUCCGCUCUGUUUCACCAUGCCAGGUCUUUCCCGCCUCUCUCCCCAGUAUGGCUCCAAGCCACGGGAGGAAAGCCGCUCCCUGGCUCGGCCUUUCUAGCCACGGGCGUGAGUGAUUCUGUCUUAGGAUUCUUAAGUCUCUGGGACCCAAAAGCCACAGGCACUUAGAGUUAGGGUGCCGCUCUUACUUAGAGAGGCCGUAGAACACCCGCAGUUAGGUAGGCGUUCCAUUUCUCCCUUUUCAGGCAAAGAUUCUGAAGCUCGCGGCCAUUUAUUCACCAAGUCCACCGAGCCACGGCUUUCCCGGGUUGUGAACAAAGAACUGCCGUUUUCUACGUUGUUGCCCUGGGUUCGCCGCGCAGAACCUUAAUUCCCGUGGGAGCUCUGGAGGCCUUCUGCAUCCUCAACAUCAGACGUCAUCAAUCUGCAUUCUCCUUCUGAAACUUGUACCUCUCCACGAAUCCUUGCUUUAUGGCAAGGAUUUAUACUACUACUUCCAACCCAUUCCAGCCACAACUGACUGAGGAUUACACAGCUAACUUCAGAGAGGGGGCCACAAAUUCAUUGGUUCCUAUUCCAGCACAGUGAAGACAUGCUGAGGACUACUUCCAGAAAUCUAGAAGAACUUUCAGUGAGAAACAUGGAAAAAAUGAAACAACUGGGAAAUGAUGCAAGCUAUGUCUGUAACUUACCAGAGGAAAGAGAAGCAUUUUCUCAUGGUUAUGAAAAGGAAAACAAACAUCUUAUACAUGAGUUUAAAGAACUCCAAUGCAAACAAGAAGCACAAAUAAAAGAGGUUGGAGAAAUGUUGUCUCAAGAAGACUCUGAAAUAGCUCUGAGCAGCCCCAGUGAACAGAUUGCAUACUUACUGGUGGACAGAAGUAAACUCUUGAGAAAACUGGAACAUGGGGACUCAAAGCCAGAGUCACAAAGAUGUAUGAGCAGUAACCUACUGAAAGAAUUUGCCCAGUCCCAUAAUGAAGACAUAGAAAAAGAUAAAACAUCACAAAACUGCAUAGAGAGAAAUGUGGAACAAAUAGCAAAGAGGUUAAGGAUGGUCCAUGAAGAGAUCCGAAGGCUCACUGAUGAACUGCAAGGGAAUGAGAAAGAACAGAGUAAAUUAGAUUCUGCACUUGAAAAGGCUCAACUAGAAAUUGACGAGCUGAAAGAAAAUCUGACAAAGUUGAAAGAAAAUGAUUCCGUUGACCUAAAGAAAGCAAAGGAACACAAUCAGAGACUGAAUGAGGAAAUUCUGGCUUUAAGAACUCGGGUUCGAUCACUUGACUCAGAAAAAAAAGUGCUUGGAGAAGUGGUUGAAAGGCUUCAAGGAGAGAUUCGUGAAUCGCAAGAGAAUAAGCAACUUGGAAACCACUCCCCUGGGAAAACUGUGGGUGCUGAACAGAAAGUACAGAUAUUGAAAAUGACCCAAGAAAACAUUGAAAUAUUUGUAAGUGAGUUGUCAGAGGAGAGAGAAAGGAGAAAGGAAUUGACAUCUAAUUAUAAUACUAUACAGAAGGCUUUGGAAGUUGAAAGAGAGGAUUUGCAAAAAUCAAAGUCAGAACUUACAUAUCUUUAUAAUGAAAUUCAAAGUUUUCCAGGGACAGCAGAAGACCAUUUUUUAAUAGCAUAUAACCUGCUACAAAGAGAACAUUCUGAUUUAGAAACAAAGAUCUUGAAGAUUGCAGAAGAAUUUCAAAAAUUAAAUCAUUUUACUAUAGAGACAAAUAUUGCAGCUGCUAAUUUUUUUACAAAUGAAAAUAUUUAUAAAGAUCUCAUGUCUAAUUUACCAGUUUUGGAAGUAGAGAUUCAAAGCCCAAAGGAAGAGAGAGAGGAACUCUGUUCUGAACUAGGAGAAAGUAAGCUGAAAGAAACUCCAACAGAGAGGCAGAAAGAGGAGGACUUACAACAGAACCAAGAUAUGAAAAGGGAAGAACAGCAAUUGACCUUGAAGCCUGAGGAAGCUGUGAGGCUUAAAGGAGAGAAUCUAUCAUCUAAAGAAAACCUGAAAUACCAGAAGCAAGAAGAAGUACAACAACUUUGCCAGAAUUUGCACCGGCUCCAGAUUCUCUGCAGCUCAGCUGAAAAAGAGCUCCGAUAUGAACGGGGAAAGAACUUGGAUCUAAAGCAACAUAAUAGCUUACUUCAGGAAGAAAACAUUAAGGUCAAAAUUGAACUAAAGCAGGCCCAGCAGAAGUUACUAGACAGUGCAAGGAUGUGCUCUUCGCCCCCAGCAGAGUGGAAGCACUGUCAGCAGAAAAUCAAGGAGCUGGAGCUGGAAGUACUGACACAGGCCGAGACCAUUAAAUCACAGAACACCCUAAAAGAAAAGCUGGCUCAGGAGAAAUCCAAAGUUGCUGAUGCAGAGGAAAAGAUUUUGGAUCUACAGCAGAAAUUAGAACAGGCUCAUAAAGUCUGUCUCACAGAUGCUUGUAUUUUGGAAAAGAAGCAACUAGAAGAAAGGAUAAAAGAAGAACAACAAGAGAGGAAACUCCUAGAUCAUAAUAUAAAUGAGCUACAACAAAAAGUGAAAAUCUUACUGGAUAAAGAGAAUAUACUAGAAAUGACCAGUUCUCGGCAACAACACAGAAUUCAGCAACAAGAGGCCCAACUUAAACAACUGGAAAAUGAAAAAAGAAAAUCUGAUGAGUAUCUCAAGAGCUACCAGGAAUUGUCAGAGAAGGUGUCUGGGUUGAAGCAAGAAAAGGAAGCUCUACAUAAAGAAUAUGGGAAAUUUUUGAAGCAGCUUGAUGUCCAUAUGAGAAACUAUAAUAAAAAAUGUUAUCAUCACAAAACCAAGCUUCACAGAGUCAAGAGUCGUUUCGUUCACGAAGUAGAGCUUCGAGAUGAGAGAAUUAAACAACUUGAAAAUGAAAUUGGAAUACUGCAGCAAAAAUUAGAAAAGGAGAAGGCAUUCCAGGACCAGGUCACUGCCCACGAUGAUAAGCUGCUCCUAGAAAAUAGGAAGCUUCUGGAGCAGCUCAUGGAGCAAGAAAAAUUGAUCCAUGACAACAAAUGCACGAUAUCUUCUGUUCAGCGCAGAGUACUUUUCCUGGAUAAAGAAAAUAAGCACUUACAGGAAAACAGUCUCCAGCUCACAGAGCAGGUUGGCCUCUUAGAACGCAUUAUAAGAAGCAUCCAGAUUUGCAGAGGAGAGGAAACAUUACUGACUGGCAUCUCUGAAUAUGACCCUUUGAAUAAAAUCUUGCCCCUACCAAACUCCAGAAUUCUGAAGCUGGAUACAUACAUACACUGUGGCUUCUCUGAAAGAAGAUACAUCUCCGAACAAGUCCAAAAGUCAGAACUAUAAAAUCACUGAUGUCUAAAACUAGACUAAUCAAAGCUGCUCACUGAAAGCUUGGACGUGAAGGUGGAACAUGACAUGGAGAAAUUAUAAUAGGUUCCCUGCUGGACAUCAACCAAGAGUCUUCAAAAUUGCUGAUAAGUUCAUUAAACCAGUUCUAAAUAUGGAUUUUUCAAGUUUGUUUGAUAUUGAUCAAUAUAGUGACUUAAGUUGAUGGUUUAAUUAGGUUUCUGUUCAGCAGGACACAUACAUAGCUAAUUCAGCAUUCUUUC